GGGGAAAUCCAAAUCGGAGUCUGGUAACACUGUUUAGAUUAUCAACAACCUUUCCCGUACUCGCUCUUGACAUCAGGUUUUGGUUCGUUCCUCGCUCCUCCUCAGUGCAGCCGUGUAGCCGUGCAGCUGCAUUCUUUCUCGCUCCACCCCCCCGCACCUUUCCUCGCUCCGAGUGCACCUGUUUAUUCUGAAGGAGCAAAAGAGACGAACAGAAGUGCACUUGCCACGCUUGAAUUGCUGGAGCUGGCUGCCUGCUCUCCACGCGGAAAUGCCAGUGGAAGGAAAGGCGAAGCCACCACAGAGAAUCAUAGACUGGAGGAGCCAGUGAGUUCCAGUUGCAGAUAAACCAUCCCGUCAGAGGCGCCAUGACAUAGCCCUGAGAGGCCCUCACCACAAAAGAUACAGCCAUAGAGAACUACUUUAGCUCCAGACUAGCUGAAUAGAUAACGAAGGAGGAACCGAGGAGCGGAGGGGGGAAUCAUUUGCGUUAACUUCUGAAUGGAAUGACGAUGUGAUGGGCUCGUGCUCGUGUACGCGGCGACACUUUUUGCUGUCAAUAUGCUUCCUGCAAGUGAUAACCAUCAUCGAGCGCCAGGUAUUCGAUUUCCUCGGAUACAUGUGGGCGCCCAUACUGGUGAACUUUUUCCACAUACUCUUCAUAAUAUUCGGCUUCUACGGCGCGUAUCACUUUCGCGUUAAAUACAUCAUCACUUACCUAAUAUGGAAUUUCCUGUGGAUCGGCUGGAACGCCUUCCUCAUUUGCUUCUAUUUGAAUGUGGGAGUAUUGGAUAGGGACAGCGAUCUGCUUAACCUUGGCACGGGCAGCGUCUCCUGGUUUGAGGCAAAUGGCUAUGGCUGCAAACCCACCUACAACAUGACCGCGGACGAUCCGUUCCGACCUCCACGUCCAGAGCGCGUAGAGGGGUGCUUGCUUGAUUAUCCGCUGGUGGAGAUCAUACACUCCGGAGUGCAGGUUGCCUUGGCGCUAUUCGGUAUACUUGGUGCGAUUCUAAUCAGUUGCAUAUUUCUCGAUGAGGACGACAGAUUCGAUUUCAUGAACGGCGACGCGAAGAGUCCACAGCACACCGUGGUCCAUCCAAUGUACGUGAGCUAUACAAGUAUACCCACAACAUCCGCAAGCGCCACCAUGCAAUCAAACAAGCAUCUGCAACUGCAGCAUCAGCAGCAGCAGCAGCAAAACUCACUGAAAUUCUAUCAUCAUCAGCAACAACAGCAACACCACUUCCACACUACCAGUAGCAACAGCAAGAACAACUACCAGUUGAGCGGCGGCAGCAAUAGCAACAAUAAUACACUCGACAAUAAUCUCCAACCGCCGAUGCCAGACACAACAAAUAACCACAACGCGUCAUUCCCCCCACACCACCACCACCACACUCGUUUAACCCUUAAUGCGGGAGGAAGUAACAGCAGCAGCAGCAGUCUCCACCGUAAUCGGCAACACCAAUUCCACUCCAAGCCCAAACACCCCGUUCCAACGCCCAUGUCCCCCCAGACGACGCCUUCCCUGUCGUAUGCCUCGCUCCAGAAUUCCAAUCCGCACCUGGCGGCCAGCUCGCUGAACAACAGCAACUACAGUCUUUUCCAGAGUCCGGACUCGUUCCAGGGCUCCAACUCCCACUUUGCACGCAUCCACCAUAAGCCCAAGCCCCCCAAGUCAGGUGUUUCCACAUUGCCGAUGGGAUCAGAGGUGAACAUCAGCUCCCCUGUCCGUCCGCCGUUCGACCGCCUGUCGCGCAAUCUCGAAGAGGACGAGGAUAACUUCUCGCUGCAGCAGUUCGCCCCGGGCGACCAUGGUGUAACCUAUGUGCCAUUCCAGAGCCCCACGCCCAACGGUCUAUUCGGGGGCGACAACAAUAACCAAAGCAGUCCGCAAACAUUCCACUCGCCAAACAACAAUGCCUAUCCCUAUGACCAGAACGGACUACCAUCCCCGCUCCGGGUCGCUCGUCGACCCACGCAUAUCCCACUGCCCACAGUGCCGCUGCACAGCUGCCUGGAAGUGGAGGACAACGAAGAUGAUGACCCUGAUAGGAAUGUAACGCCACAGCCGGUCGCCCGUCCCCACAUCCUCCACCAGCGCUUGGGCCAGGCCCCAUAUCCUGAUCUCUCGCCCGAGGUGGCGGAGCGGUAUGCCAUGCCCUCCCAGUCUGUGGUCGCCCUUCCUAUGCCCCACGGCUCCCCCAUGGUGCGUCGCAGUAAUCGCCGUCCCCGGCCACCCAUUCCCGUCAAUUUCUGUGACCAGAUUCGAGCUCCUCCCCCGGGAUAUGUUGUUCGCGCCCAAAGCGACGACCGUCUAGUCGAGCAGACAGCGCAGGCGCAGCCAGUAUCGGCAUCCACUGCAGCGGAGGCUGCUCCGCAUGUUAAUCGCCGAAGUGGCCAAAAGACCCGUCCGCGCUCCUUCUGCAACUCCAUAGUGGGCGUGCAGGCCUAGAGCCCAUCCUUUGGAAUACAACCAAAUCCUACCCAAACCCAAGACUUAAGUACGUCCUCCAGUCCUCUCUCUCUCU